AUCUACAGAGAUUUUCAUGAGCGACGGCAAUCGAUCGGCGGGAUGGACAACAUAUGGCUCCUCCUGGCCGACGUGACCGACUUCGUUGAACCCUGUGAGCGCGCCGUGUGCGCUUGGACAUACACUCUGAAGGGAAAGUUGACGUUGGAAGACUUAUACUCGAUAGCGCAACGUCAUUGCGAAACGUUCCCGAAGUACAAACAACGGGUAACGUCUGUGCUCAGAAGAUUGCACGGCGCCCGCUUCGAAGAGGACCCUGAUUUCGAUCUCAAGAACCACAUCCACGCCGUCAGUCUCCCGGAACCGGCCGGGAAACGUGAGUUGAAUGACGUGAUGGGCAAGGUCAUUGCUCAAAAGUGGGACCUGAAGCACCCACUGUGGGAGGCCAUACUUGUCGAGAACUACAGGGACGAGACCGGUGCUCAGAGCGCGUUGAUCAUGAGAGGCCACCACGCCCUCGCAGAUGGUCAAGGCUUUGCUAUCAGCCAGCUCUACAUCACUUCAUAUCACAACGAGCUCGUACACAAGAUGGACUCGAUGGCGGACUACCUCCAUGCGGCGAAGCGAGGAGAGGUGCUACCUUCCAAGCUCCACCGCUCCCUCCGGCCUUUCGACUCGCUGGCGACGCAUCCAUAUACCGCACCGCUACUCGAACUCGUCAUGGCCUGCACGUUCUGGUUUGUAUACGCUGGCUCGAUGUUCGUCGGUCUCUUCUGGAGUGUCUACCAAGCUGCGCACCUGGCCGCUCUCUUCCCCCUUACCUUCUGGCGCGUCGAUAGGCUCACAGGCCCCCAGCCGGGCCCGCGCGUGACGGAGCGGGAGUUUGCCAGCUCGCGCGUGUUCAGCAUCAAGGACGUCAAGCUCUGCCAGCAAGCGUUUUCUGGCGCGAAGCCUGGUAGCGCGGUCGCUGGCCUUCCGAAGGAGCAGCGCGGGAAGACGCGCGCAAAGACGGGGCACGUCACGCUGAACGACGUUGUAUGCGCGGUGAUGGCGGACGUACUCGGGAAGGAGAUUGCGUCCAGGCCCACAGAUCAGAUGAACGGCCUUUGGAAGCGGAUGAAGCGGAAGCUGAGGGCGCUACUCCCUUCGCCUAUCGCUUUCCUUAUACCGAUGAGCACACGCGCUCCCGGCGACUGGUCGAUGAAGAACCUGUCGACAGUAUCCCUCGUGUACUUGAACCCAUCGACAAAUGUAUCCGACGAUGUCACAGUGCACGAGCUUCACACGCACAUCCACCAGUGCCGCAGAGAGCUCUCCAUUCUGAAACGUAGCCUGCUUCCGAGGCUGUGUUUCCAUAUCGUGCAGUUGACGGGUCAGUUUCCCGCACUGCUGAACCCAUCCAUGCUGGCGGAACCGAUUCCACAACUCAAAGAACUAUGCAACAAAUGGGUAAUGACGCCGAUAUAUGAUAUGUUAAUGCAAUCAUUCCUCGUUGUCCUGACAAACGUUCCUGGCCCGGCGCAAAGUACAAUAACCUUGGAAAGUACGGAAGUGCUUAAAUGGACAGUCCUCCCUCCUCAGUUCGGUAAAGGCACCAUCGGAAUGGGGAUAAUCUCGUACGCCGGCGGGCUCUCCAUCGCUGUCGCUGCCGAUAAAGUGCCGUCCAGCCUCGGCGUCGCUGAACGGAUAUGCACGGGUUUUGAGGAGCGAUUUGAGCUCUACGUACAAAGAGCGCAGGAGAUCCUGGACCAUCUGGACUAGACGGCUCGGUAGAGAUACCUCACGCAAUUUGUGUUGCCGUUCCCAGUAUGCUGCUGCUCAAGUAUCUAAUGCUCGGACGUUACAAUGGCAUACACAUCGGGUUGUCUUUCUUGAUACAGCACCGUAGAUUAUUUGAAUGGCACUCAUGAUACGACGUCACCGAUGGAA